GUCAGUUUCAGGCGUCAGCAGCACGUUGUUGCGGAGCGCGGGUAGCUAGUAGCUGAAGAGCGGGUUAAAUAGUGAGAUAAUAUUAAUAAAUAUUAUAUUAUUACUGCGGCGGACCCUCCCGGGGGGAAGAUAUGGAACCCGGGCUGCUGUAUUUGUAUAUCAGAGCGCGGUGUGAGCGGUGUAACAGGCAGGAGAAGGCUGUGGAGUGGAAAUGCUAACAGGCUAACCGGUGUGUUAGUGUGUGUUAGUCAGGCUGUAGCUGUGCUGGUUUAACUGUAGUUGCAGGUACACAGCGUGUCUGUAUCUCACAGCUCUCUGUAGUUAUCUGUAUUGCUCUGGUUUGGUUUGGGGUAUCAGUAUCAGUUAGACUCUGAGUCCUUCAGUAGGAGAAGCUGUGCAGGAUGAAGUGCCAUUACGAGGUGUUGGGAGUCCAGAGGGAAGCGACUGAUGACGAUGUUAAAAAAGCCUACAGGAAACUGGCCCUCAAAUGGCAUCCAGAUAAGAACCUGGAGAAUGCAGAGGAAGCUGCAGAGCAGUUCAAACUGAUUCAGGCAGCUUAUGAUGUUAUUAGUGAUCCACAGGAGAGAGCCUGGUACGAUAACCACCGGGAUGCGCUGCUGAAGGGUGGAGUAAGUGGAGAGUACCAGGAUGACAGUAUUGAUCUGGUGCAGUACUUCACUGUGACCUGUUACUCAGGUUAUGGAGAUGAUGAGAAGGGUUUCUACACUGUGUACAGGAACCUUUUUGAGUCCAUUGCAAAGGAAGAAAUGGAGCACAGUAAAGAGGAAGAUGAUGAGUGUGACGACUUCCCCACAUUUGGAGACUCUGAGAGUGACUAUGAUACGGUUGUGCACUUGUUCUAUGGCUGCUGGCAAAGUUUCUGCACGAGGAAAAACUUUGCCUGGAAGGAGGAGUACGAUACCCGGCAGGCCUCGAACCGCUGGGAGAGAAGAGCCAUGGAGAAGGAGAACAAGAAGACCCGGGACAAGGCCAGGAAAGAGCGCAGUGAGCUGGUGCGCCAACUCGUGGCCUUCGUGCGUAAACGCGACCGACGCGUUCAGGCCCACAAAAAGCUGGUGGAGGAGCAGAACGCAGAAAAAGCCAAAAGGGUGGAGGAGAUGAGGAGGAAACAGAAGGUAGAGCAGGCUAAACUGGCAGAGAAUUACAAAGAGCAGAGUUGGGCGGCCAUGUCUGAACUGGAGAAGGAGCUGCAGCAGAUGGAGGCUCAGUAUGGACAGCAGUUUGGGGACGCUUCGGACACUGAGGAGGAGCUUGAUGACAUACAGGACAGAGUGGACACAGAUGCUGUGGAUGUGGAUGGUGCUGAUGAGGGAGAGGAGUUUUAUGAUGAUCUUUACUGUCCUGCCUGUGACAAGUCCUUCAAAUCCGACAAAGCCAUGAAGAACCACGAGAAGUCCAAGAAGCACAGAGAAAUGGUGGCGUUGCUGCGACAACAGCUGGAGGAGGAAGAUGAAUGUCUGAAUCUGAAUACAGCAGAGAAAGAUGAAGAGGAAGAAGAGGCUGAGGAAGAUGAUGAAGAGGAGGAGAGGGAUGGUGCACCUAGACAGAAGUUGUCCAAAAAACAGAAGAAGAAAAAGCGUCAGCAGAAAAAUACAAAUAAUGCUUCAGAAGAGCCAAAGCCUGAGAGUCCAGUUCCAGAUUCCACUGAGGAUGCCACUGAACCAGCCCAAACGGGCAGUUAUGAGGACGCCCCUGCCUCUGAGGACCUCACAGCAGAGGAGAGCAAAAAGGACAAACCUGAACCUAACAAAAGCUCUUCAAAGACUAAAAGCAAAAAAGGUGGAAAAGACACAAAGAAAAACAGCAGCAAGCCUCAGGGAAGUGGAGAAACAAUCCAAGAGAAGGAGCUGAAUCUGCGCUGUGUGACCUGCCAGUAUGAAUUCACCUCCAGAAACAAACUGUUUGAUCACCUGAAAACCACAGGCCAUGCCACGGCCGUGCAGUCCAGCUCAGCCGCAAACACGACAAAGAGUAAGAAGGACAAGAGGAAGAACAGAUGACCGCAGCCGUGACCAGCAGUUAAUACUACUCUUAUUAAGAACAAUAAAGACUGAAUCAGUGGAGAAGCUUUACACAGAGACCCUCAGACACUCCGGGCUGCACACUUUUGAUUUCCUGAUAUUCAUUUGUGAGUGUGUGUGUGUGUGUGUGUGUGAGUGUGUGUGUGCGUGCAUACAGUUUCUACAACUUAUUAAUAGAUAUUGGAAAAUCCACUGCAUGCUCACAAUACUAUGAAUUGCUGAAGGUGUGCAGAAAAUGACCAGAACUUCAGCUACAUCUAACAUUAAUGAACUGAAGACGUUCUCUAGGUGAGUGCUUUCUCCUGGGCAUGCGAUAUGAAAUGUGUUGUAUGGAACAUGCAUUUCAUUCACCCUCCUUGUUGUGUGGAGAAACUGAGAAUAAAUCUGUCUGUGAUGCUGCUGUUCAUGACUGACAAAACAGCUAA